AUGUUUGCAAAUUCAUCCUCGGAUUACUUUCUAUCCUUGACGACGCUGGGUUUAUCUACAACACAGGUGUAUCCAGCAUUUGUGUUUGGUACACUCACCUAUUUAUUUAUUGUCUUUUGCAAUCUGUUGUUAAUUGUGACUAUUGCUGUGAGUAGAAAGCUGCAUAAACCCAUGUUUAUCCUGCUGUUCAGCUUGCCUGUUAGUGACAUAAUGGGAGCUACAGCCUUUUUCCCACAGUUUCUUCUGAGCAUUGUGCUGAAGACCAGAUUGGUUUCCUACCCUGCGUGUGUCGUUCAGGCUUUUUUGGUUCAUUUGUACGGCUCUGCAAACUUGCUGACAUUGACCGCUAUGGCUUAUGACAGAUUUGUAGCUAUAUGCAUCCCACUGAGGUACAAUUCUAUCAUGAAUUCCCACAGAUUGAUCACCAUGGUUUUCCUGAUAUGGUUUGUAGAUUUGUCAAUGAUCUUAACAUUGUUACUGCUGUUUACACGUUUUAAAAUCUGCAGAAAAAACAUAGUGGAUUUGUACUGCAACAAUCCCUCACUGGUGAAGCUUGUCUGCGAAGACACCAGCGUCAACAACUUGUACGGGAUUGUUUUAACCUUGGCGUUUCAAGGAGGCACGCUGUUGAUUAUUUUGUACACGUACGCACAGAUACUACGUACGUGUAUCAUGACGAAUCAGGCGGAUGCCAGGAGGAAAGCCAUCCAGACCUGCGGCACACAUUUAGUUGUUUUUCUGUUCUUACAAAUCAACACCGUGUUUACGCUCAUUUCUCACCGACUUCAAAGUGUGUCUCCUUUUCUGAGGAGGACUUUUGGUGUGUCCGUUUUAAUAUUCCCCCCAAUUUUGAAUCCGAUUAUAUAUGGACUGAAAACCAAUGAACUUAAGCAGAACAUAAUAAUCUUUCUAAAAAGAAAUGUGGGUUUAACAAAGUAA